AUGUCGACCGCGGUUGCGCCUGCCCAGGCUGCUCCGCUGACUUCUCCGCGUAUGACCCGUGAUCUCAGUCCGAAGAAUUGCCCAACAUUGGCGCCUGCGACUUCAAGUAAUCAGACGAGUACUACGCCGCCGCGGCCGUCCGGUCCUUCCCGGGAUGGUUCUUCAGCCAAAAGCUCGCCUGCAGGAAAGAAGCCGACGUCACCGUCUUCGCAGGCCGGAUCCAAUGCUGCAAGGGUCAUCGUAAAAAAAGAGCCCCCGUCUUCGCCCGCCAUGCAGUCUCAUACCCGACCUCGCCCCCGACGAUUGGACCUGUCUACUAGCCUCCCGAAUUCCGGAGGGUUGUCCGCCCGAGCUCCUGGCGGCCCUAUGACUGCCCGGGAGGGCGUUAACAUGCAAGAGGUCGGGAUCGCUUGUUUGUCUCCUGGGUUCCAAACGCAAAAUCCAGCCAUGAGGGAGCAAUUGCAGCGGAGCUUAUCGGUUCGGGAUCAGCAGCGAUCAAUCAUCGAAUCGCGGUUACAAAAAUCUGCCAAGGACGACGGACCCGAUGGAAUAAAACCAUCCGAGUCAUUUGGCAUCCCCAGAGCCGGUGCAUCGAAGAGGAGACCCCCGCCUGGCCUCUCUAUCGUGCCUCCUUCAGCGGCUCAAUUCGCCAGCGAGCGCGUUAUCCAAUCCGCACCCUUGAAUCAGACAUUCACGGGCCGACAUGAAGCGCAGCCCUUGACUCGUCACGUCGUGAACCAAAGUCCGACUCUAGGUUCCACGUCGCACAUCCAUCAUGUUCCUGCCACCCAGACUAACAAUCGCCUACCACCGCUGUCUGAUGUCUUUGGGUCGGACGCUUUGGGUGCCCGCGAUCGUGAGAACAGGGGACUAUACUACCCCAGCGCGACCGCUGCCAACCCGCCUCAGUCAAACAAUCUCCCCCCGAUACCUUCUCCCAGGAUCUCGAGGGAUGCCGCACAGCCCCCCAAGCGCCCCCGAGAAUACCGCUCUGCGGAGGAAGCCGUCCAAGAAUUGUCCGGCGGGCGCGAGGAACUCCUCCCGCGCAUUGUACAUUACGGCGGCCACCAACCCCCGACUCCGCCAUCUCCCCGUGUGAGCAAUGGACCCCCAAAAUCUGGUGUGCCUCACUCGGAUGCUACGCCCAUGGCAAACGUGCAUCCCCCGCAGCCUGCAUUGUAUCCAUCGGAGGCCACUGCUCGUCGCCGUUCGAGAAACGAGUAUGAACAUGAACACGGAAGUCCGCCGUUAGGCCACGGCCCUGACCCACACUAUCGUCCCAAUCCAGCCUUGGCCUCUGGCGCAAGCGCCACUCAUGGCCCAUUCGGUGCGGGGAGAGACUCCCCUGAAACCCAGCGCAGAAAGAAGGAGGAAUUCCUUAGUCUCUGCGCCCGUGCAUGGGACCUCUUCCAUUCCUGA